AUGCCUUUCUACGGCCGUCCGAGCAAGAAUUGUGAGAGCUGUCGGAUCAGGAGAAUCAAGUGUGAUCGUAUAGAACCGGUCUGUUCGCAGUGCAAGAGAGCGGGGAAGCCUUGUGGUGGCUACCGCGAUAUCCCGGCUCUUCUGUUCCGUGACGAGAAUGACAAAACGGUUCAACGGUCUGUCGUGGCCAAAUCUAAAUCAGAGGCCCGCCGUAAACUGCUAGAUGAAUUUGCAGAGGUGAAUUAUGACAGGCCAGUGCAUAUGUCAAAGUCAUCCCGAUUGGGGCUUAUAGUUCGGAGAGAUCCAGAGGUGUUCUGGAUAUCUGCGAUACCGGCAGUGAUGCCUUCCAGCCUGGAGGAUCAAGGGUUGAAAUUCUUCUUUAAUCGGUUCGCAACAUCGAUACAGAAGGCAACAAAGAACCCCAUCUCCCUAGAGAUGCCUGAGCUAGAGAUGUCGCCACUAAUGGCAACCAUUCCAAAUGAGUUACCUCUUCGAGAUGCUGUGAUGGCAGUGGGACUAGCUGCCAUGUCAAAUGUGACCCAUGACCAUUCGCUCUUACAAGCCGCGAGAGUGAAAUACCUGGCAGCCCUGAAUAUUGUUCGUGCUGCAGUGGAGAAUCCACAGCGGGCCAAUCCCGUAUUGAUAUUUAAAUUAAUACUGAUGCUUAGCCUGUUCGAGAUGGUCUGUUGUCCAUCCAGACAAGUUGACUCUUGGGUGGUACAUCUGGACGGCAUGGCGGCUCUGCUUAAACAAGCCAGUUUUAGCAAGGCUCUCAACGCCGAUACCCGCCCACAGUUACAAUACCUUUUUAUUUCUAUUGUCCGAUACUUUAUGGUACAGGGGGAUCUUCCCUCCGUUCUCAUCACCUGGUCCCCUGAUAGAAUUUCUACUGUCACACCCUUCGAAGAGCCCGCUGUCGACCUGGUGGAUAUUCUAAUUCGCUUUGCGAAACUACAUUAUACUGCUCGCAACGAUCCAGAUCUCGAUCAUGGAGCUAUAGCUAGCUCUGCGGCUUCAUUUGACACAGAGCUAGACGAAUGGGAGAAAAAUCUCCCCGACAAAUGGGCUUUCACCCUCAGCGAGUCGAAAGACCACCAGCACACAUUCAAUGGCAAAUAUCUCAUUUAUAAUGAUGUGUGGGCCUCAAGAAUUCUGAACAACUAUUUCUGGGGUAGACUAGUUGUGAAUGAAAUAAUAUUGAAGCAUUUAGCUAGUCACCCUUCUCCAACGCGAAGAACCCUACAGCAACGGCAGCGAGCGUUGGAGACGAGCUCACGCCUAUCGAUUAACGUCUGUGCCGGCGCCGCCAGCCACAUGGGCGCCUUUGGCAAUAUGACCCCAGCCACUGGAGAUGCAAGAUUACCACCAUUGAAUGGUGCAUUCACGCUGCUGUUCCCCUUGACAAUGGCUGGCGGUGCAGCUGGUGCUCCCGACGAGGCAUACGAAUGGGUGAUUCAAACACUUCAAAGAAUCGGGGAGACUAUGGGAAUUCAACGAGCCCUACAACUUAUACCGGCAUUGAAAGAAAUACGUGAAAAGAGAAGAGAUCAAAAUUUGGAAGCAGACGAAGUAUUCGCAAGGCUUGGAUAG